CGUCUUCGUGGUGUGUUGAUCGUGCUCGUUUCGUCUUUUCUUUCGUCGGAGGAUUUUACAUAUACAGUCGAUAGAACGACAUGGCGGUCUCGCUUAAUACCGAGGACAAAUUGGAGUACCAUUUCUAUCCUGUGACGGCUGGACAAAUUCAGUUCCGGAUAAAAGCGCCAAACGAUGCCCACGUCGCCCUCACCACGGGACCCCAGGAAGGGGAUCCGAUGUACGAGGUCUUCAUCGGAGGUUGGACCAACAGCAAGUCCGUCGUGCGCAAAAAUAGAACUAAGCCGGACGUGGCGGAAACGGAAACGCCCGGCAUUCUGAGCGCGGAUGAGUAUCGCGGCUUCUGGAUUAGGUGGGAUAAUGGAGUUCUUACGGUGGGCAAAGAAGGCGAGUCAGAUCCUUUCCUGAGCUACGCUGACCCAGAACCAUUCGGGAUAGGUUACUUUGGCGUUUGCACCGGAUGGGGUGCAACCGGUGAAUGGCUCAUCGAAGGUCGCAAACCUUUGAACACUCCUAACAAACUACAGUACAACUUUCAUGCCGUGCGAAGCGGCUCGGUGCUGAUCGACGUGAAAGCUACGAGCAAUGGGCACAUCGCACUGACCGACCGGAAGGGCGAGUCGAGUCCCAUGUACGAGAUCAUGCUCGGCGGGUGGGAAAACAAGGCGUCGGUUAUUAGAUACGAUCGCAAACAGCCCGAUAAGGUGCGCGUGGAGACGCCGAAUCUUCUCACCGAUCGCGAGCACAAGAGGUUCUCGAUCACGUGGCUCGAGGGCCUCAUCACGGUCAGAUCAGGCGGCGCCGUCCUCAUGGAAUGGCGAGACCCGAACCCCAUCGGCGUGAGCUAUGUGGGGGUGCGCACCGGUUGGGGCGCGACCGGAAACUGGAAGCUCCGUUUCGAACAUUAUCCCGCAGUUGCUACCGGUCAAAAGAAAUAUCCUAGCACGACGCCAUCCGCGCCGUUGGAAGUCCGUGGACUCGACGCGGGAAGCGUGUGUUGGUGUGACGCAUCCGGCGGAAUGGUACCACCCGACGCAGUCGAGGGUGGACACGACGAAGAGCCUCUAUUCGUCGGUAGAGCUCAUCAUGAGGGUGCUCUCAUCCCCGGUAAGGUGAAGCCCGGACACUCCGUCUGCUACGUCGCCUGGGGCGGCGCCGAGCACGGAAAAUCCGAUUACCAGGUCCUUUGCGGCUGCAAACCCACAUGGGUGCCGGUAAAUGGCGGUAGCGUCCCGCCGAAUGCGAUUCCAGGAGGCGAGACCGAAGACGGCGAGCCACUAUUCGUCGGCCGUGUACACCACGAGGGUACCGUGACCAUCGGCAAGGUGCAACCAUCUCACAGCGUAUGUUAUAUACCAUACGCCGGUUCCGAGGUUGCCGCCUCCGAAUAUGAGAUCAUGGUCGGACAAUAAUCGUCCCGAGAGAUACUGCGGUUAAGAAAAAAAAAAUCCACGAUGGGAUUCGUCACCGACUUAUUAGCAGUUCUGCGAAGAGGACAGCGAAGCUUAUAGAACUUUAAAUGAAAAUUUCAGUAAUAAUUACAAUCGUUAAUUAUACAAAACUAUCGUUAAAAAGGGAAAAAUUGAACAAAAUCUCUAAGAGUUCUUAGAGGCAUAAAAAUCUUGACGAGAUUUAAAAAGAUAUAAGUUUAGUGACAUUUAUCGAAAUCUCGUUUCUGAUCUGUCAAAUUUUUACCAACGUUUUGUUUGUUUAUUCAUACCUUAUCCGAGCAAAAUAUGUAUUGUAUUACAAAAUUCAUGAAUAAGGAAUCUCAAGUGUGCAAACUAGUCUAAUUACGUAGUAAGUCGAUAACACUAAAAGAUAUACUGUAGAACUGAUCGAUAAGCCGGAGAUGUACUGUUCGCUAUCGUCUAUCUAUGCAAGUGUCUGCUUUUUGCACGAAAUAUAAUUGCAGUCAUGCUAUAGGAAGAGAAAGCAAAUCAAACGGCGAUGUAUGCGAGAUAUAUAAAUAUAUAUUUUUUAAAUUAGCGUCGGUUAUCAUCCGGUGAAAGUAAUUAUUUCGCCAUCGCCUCAUCAGGAAGGCAGUUUACAGAUACAUAUUUUUAUUCAUGGUAGAGCUACCGUUUUCUAACGCACAUAUAUGCUUUUCAAAGAAUAUAUUUUCGAAUUAUGUAUCGUUAUGACGAAUAGAUUAAACGUACAUCCAUGAAAUAAAA